AUGGAGAAAAGGAACAGAAUAAGCUGGAAAUGUAAAAUGCUGCUGAUAAUGUGGAAGGAACACCUAAGCAACAAACUAUGUGAGCAGUCCCAUAGGAGAAAUCGUCUAACACGGAAGUUGUGGAUGUUAAUCCUUGCGUUGGUCGUCGAACAAGUCGAAAUGGAAGAAAACAUCGUGGAUAAGGAAAUUUAUUUGGAUCAUUUAUUACAAAAUGUUUCAAGCCUAUGA